AUGCCUCCCUACCUCUCCUCGGAAGCCCCUGGACCAAAAGAGAAAGAGUCCGGAGUGGAUGCAAUUCGAAAGAAGCGGAAACCCGGAAACACGGAGAUAAGGCAAUAG